ACCGCGGGCGAGGCGGGGCCCCGCGACGGCGGCGGCGGCGGCGGCGGCGGAGCAGGUAGGAGCGGUGGGAGAAGUGGCCCCCGCCCCGAGGCGACGGUGAGGGGCGCGGCGUUGGGAGAGCGGGCACCGGGAUCGGGGUCGGGACUGGGAUCGUGACUGGCACCGGCACCGGGUCCCCCAUGGCCAAGCCAGAGCCGGAGCCGCUGCUGGAGCAGGCGGAGGAGAUGGAGAUGCCAGGUUGUGCUGGCUCAGAGCAGCUGGUGGUCCCCAAGGCCGAGGUGAUGACCGAGGGUGACAGUGCAGAGCUGGGCACUGCCGGGGAGCUGGGGGGCCUGGAGCUCGGCUGCUCAGAGGACUGGCUGGUGAGGAAGGUGAAGGUGGAGGAGGAGGAUGAAGAGUGGCCGGCUGGCCCCGGCACCGAGGCCCUGCUGGCGGGGCAGCCCCCAGACAGCGCCUUCACCCACACCACCGGCACACCGGACUGUGCCGGCAACUGCUCCUGCAAACAAGAGCCGCUGCUCCCGGAGGAGCUGGGCUACGGCACACUGCCCGCCUUCACCCUGCCGCCAUGGCCACUGCUGGGCCAGAGCCCGGCCGGCACCGGUGGCUGCGAGCGCUGCUGCCAGGCACGGCUCAGCCCAGGGCUGCACGCGGGCGAUGGCGAUGGCAAGGAUGGCGAGCCCCAGCCCUGCGGGUGCUGCAGGACACCGGCCCCGGCACGGCCCUUUGCGUGCGCACAGUGCGGGAAGGGCUUCGGGAAGAAGGCUCACCUGACGCGGCACCUGCGGGUGCACACGGGCGAGCGGCCCUACCCCUGUGGGCAGUGUGGCCGCCGCUUCCGGCAGAAGAUCCACCUGCGCUCGCACCAGAAGACGCACACGGGCGAGCGGCCCUUCCCCUGCCCCGAGUGCGGCCGCCGCUUCCGCAAGAAGACCCACCUGGUGCGGCACCACCGCACGCACACGGGCGAGCGGCCCUUCCCCUGCGCCCGCUGCGGCCGCCGCUUCGCCCACAAGCAGCACCUCCUGCGGCACCAGCGGCUGCACGAUGAGCCGGCGGAGGCGGCGGACGGCGAGGGUGUCCCGGCCGAGCAGAAGCCCUUCCCCUGCCCCGAGUGCGGGAAGAGCUUCAGCUGGAAGAAGAACCUGGCGUCGCACCGCCGGCUGCACCGCGAGGGCCGGCCCUUCGCCUGCGCCGAGUGCGGCCGCGGCUUCGGCGACAAGCGGCACCUGACGGCGCACCUGCGGGGGCACAUGGGGCUGAAGCCCUUUGCCUGCCCGCACUGCGAGAAGACCUUCAGCCACAAGCCCAACCUGGCCACGCACCAGCUGGCCCAUGCCGGCGAGCGGCCCUUCUCCUGCCCGCAGUGCGCCCGCGCCUUUGCCCUGCGCCAGCACCUCCUGCGGCACUUGCGGGUGCACACGGGCGAGCGGCCCUUCGCCUGCCCGCAGUGUGGCCGCCGCUUCGGCUCCCGGACCAACCUCGUGGCACACGCCAAGGCGCACGCCGGUGCCCGGCCCUUCGCCUGCGAGCUGUGCGGCCGCAGCUUCGGGCGCAAGUCGCACUUGGCGCGGCACCAGGCGGUGCACACCGGCACCCGGCCCCACGCCUGCGCGCAGUGCGGCAAGCGCUUCAGCUCCAAGACCAACCUGGUGCGGCACCAGGCGGUGCACACCGGGCACCGGCCCUACAUCUGCACCCACUGCGGCAAGAGCUUCAGCCGCAAAACGCACCUCCUGCGCCACGAGCGCACGCACGCUGCUGCCGCCACCGCCACCGACAAUGUGCCACAGCAGAGCUGGACGGCACCCGCCACACCGGCACCCGCCACACUUUGUGCCCCGCACAUGUCCAUGCGCCCCAGAGCAACCCAAUGGCUGUCAGAGCCGGGGUCCCUGGCUGCAAUGGAGGGUCAUAGCGAGGCUACAGCCAAGGAGGAGGAAGAGGAGGAGGAGGAAGGGGUGCGGAUCACCCCGCAGCUGCUGAAGGCCGCCACCGGUGAGUUUGCCCUGGAGUCCAUCCUCCUACUGCGGCUGCGGGGCCGCGGCAUUGCGCACUUGGGCUGCCUGGGCGACUGCACCAACCUGGAGUGGCUGGACCUCUCCGGCAACGCCAUCGCCCAGCUGGGGCCGCUGGCCGCCCUCCGCUCCCUCGCCGUCCUCAACCUGUCCCGCAACCGCGUGGCCAACCUGGAGCCGCUCGCCUCCUGCCGCAGCCUGCAGAGCCUCAACCUGGCCGGCAACAUGGUGAGCAGCCUGCGGGCGCUGCGGUGCCUGGCGGGGCUGCGGCGCCUCGAGAGCCUGCGCCUGCGCGACCCCCUCGCCCGCCUUGACAACCCGCUCUGCACCGUGACCGCCUAUCGCGACGCACUGGCCGACAUGCUGCCCGGCCUCAAGGCCAUCGACGGCGAGCGAGUGGCCGGCCGUGGCAGCGAGCUCUACCAGCUCUGCCGGGAUCUCGACAGCUCGCUGGGACACGGUGCCGGUGGUGCUGGUGAUGCCGGUGGUGCCGGCGCUGACCCGCCCCGCGCAGCUCAGCCCUGGGUAGAGGCUGGUUUCUGGGAGCCGCGGCCACCGCGGCGCAGCUCCAUCAUAGAGGAGGCGUACAGGCAGUUCGGGGAGGUGCUGCAGGAGUGCCGGGAGCUGGGCCGCCGCGCCGAUGACACCAUCGCCCAGGCGGAGCGGGCGCUCAGCACCCGCCAUGACCCCAACUCCUUUAGGAGCCCCCCCCACACCACCGGGGUGCUGCCGGUGGCACCUACCGUGAGGGGCCGGGGCCUAGGCUGGCAGCCCCUUGGAGAAGGCGUACAUCCCGGGCAGGUAGAGUGCGUCCCCGGCCCGGCCAGCCUCCUCCACCGCCUGGCACUCGGCCUCGUCCCGGUGCUUGAUCUCCUGCAGGGCAGAGCACGGUGCUGGCACCCACCACGGCACUGCGCGGUGCUGGUGCCGGUGCCGGGGGUCAGCUCACCUUCACCGCCAGAUGGGCGCUUCAAAUCUUUCACCUUUUCUACCUUACGAGUAUUUGGUGGAGUCCCUGCUUCUGCUGCUGGAGGAACGAUCUCCACACGUGAGUACCUGACAGGCGUCAAAUUGGAUAGUUUGCGGAUUGUGUGCCUUAGAGGUUCUCAGUUGGUUGUCACGCCACUGCCCGUCUUCAGCUGGGAGUUCCACCGGUCCUUUGAUCCUCACAGAGUGUGUCCAACCUCUUUUGGCAGUCCUCACAGCAGUGUCAGUGGUCAACAAGACCGGUCAGCAGCUGCAGAAGCUGCGUUGGAACCAAUGGGACGCGUCCCACCGUCCUUCGGCGGCGGAGGUCCCCUCGAUGACAACUUCACCCCCAACGAGCUGUCAGAACUCAAACACUCUUGCAAACACUCAGGUCAGACACAGCAGCGAAGCAGCGAUUUAUUAAAUGCAUUUGCAAAAACGGGUGUCCUGGCUCGAGCCUAUCCGGGGCGCCCGCACACCCCCCGUGGAGUCCCGCCCCUGUCCGCAGCUCCCUCCGCUCCCACUCGAGAGCUCGCUCCGCUGCGUGCCCAGCCCGAGUUUCCCGCCUUGACCGCCAUCUUGUUAUCUCGUUCGGACAGUCGCGGUCGGUUAAUGGCGGACUGCAAAAACAGUAUCUUAACACGUUAUGCAGGAGCAGGGCCGGGCGCUGGCGGGGGCCGGGACCCCGCACCGAGCCGGGCCGCCCCGCGCAGGCUCCCCCCGAGCCCCGGAGGUGCAGCCGGUGCCGGUACCGGGGGAGGAGCGUUUUCUGCUGGCGCCGGCAGGGGGCGCUGCCGGCAGCGCUACGGCUGCGGCCCCAGAGGUCGGAGCCCCCUUCCCUCCUCUUCUUCCUCCUCUUUUUCCUCCCCCUCCCCCGCCGCCGACGAGCGUGGUGACGUCACCGCCGCGGUGACGUCAUCGUGUCGCGGGACAUCGCCCGCCCGUGAGUUCCCCUGGGGAGGCGGCUCCGGGACCUGGCGGGGGGGGGGGGCUCGCCAUGGCAACGCGCGGCCUGGCGCCGGCGCCGAGAGGGCCGGGGGGGGGGGCACCGGAGGGCGCCGGGGCCGGGGGCCUGCUCCCGGGGAGCGGGGCGCGCCCGGGCCGCUCGAUCCCAGUGAACCGGGCGGUGCUGUGCCGGCCCGGGAAGCACCGGCACCCCCCCGCCAUUGCCCUGAGGAGGAGGAGGAGAAGGAGGAGGAGGAGGGAUACAGACACAGCGGGGCCUCUCCCUGUGCGGCCGAGCUUCCCCUCUCGGCGCUUCCCCGCUCACCGGCUUCUCUCUCUCGCUCUGCCAGGGCCCCGGAGCAGCCAUUUGGAGGAAGUCGGGGACGAGCGGAGCCCGCGACCGUGGCGGAAGGCGGAGGGGAAGCACGGCCGCCGGCCCGCGCCCUCCCCGGCGCUCAUGUCCUCUCCCCUCGCCGGGCGGCCCCGAGGGGAGCCAUGUCUGCAGGGGGAGCGCCCCAGCCUCCCCACGCCCUGAACCUGCUGCCAUACCCCCGGCUGAGCGAGGUGCCAAGAGCCGGACACGAGCUGGAUGCUGUCAGCACUGAGAUCCCGUCUGACCCCUGCACAGGCUACAGGUUCUUCAAGCCCGGCGGCUUGUUCGGCAUCAAGCAGUCGGAGGAGCCGUACGCCGAGGGGCAGCAGAUGCAGGAGGACAGCAAGAUCCUCGUGAGCCCCUGCGCGGUUGAGCCCGGCCGAGUGAAUAAAGUCGAGCAGCCCGAGGAGAAGCCCGGGGUAGCUGCCGGCUCCCUGGAGCUGUACCCGGCCACCACCAGCAGCAACAGUCGCUGGUUCCAUGCCGGGCAGCGCGCGCCGGAGCGCGCCGGCACGGAGCGGGACGGCGCCGCCAGCCUCAGCCCGCUCUCCAGCCGGGUGGCCUGCUGGGUGCCACAGCUCGGCGCCGGCCCUUUCCGCUGCGCCCAGUGCGGGAAGGGGUUCCGCCAGAAGCAAAGCCUCAUCACGCACGAGAGGAUCCACACCGGGGAGAAGCCUUACCGCUGCGGGGACUGCGGGAAGAGCUUCAGCCAGCGGCCCAACCUCCUGACCCACCGGCGCGUGCACACCGGGGAGCGCCCCUUCCCCUGCGCGCAGUGCGGCAAGAGCUUCAGCCAGAAGGCCAACCUGCUGGCGCACCAGCGCAUCCAUGCCGCCGGGGACAAGGCGCUGGCGGGGGGCGAGCAGGAGGACGGCGGUUCCGGCAAGCCGAAGCUGCGGUCCCAAGGGAGGAGUUACCAGGAGGACACCCCCUUCGUCUGCCCCGAGUGCGGGAAGAGCUUCCGGCAGAAGCCCAACCUCAUCACCCACCGGCGCAUCCACACGGGCGAGCGGCCCUUCACCUGCUUCCUCUGCGGCAGGAGCUUCAACCAGAAGACCAACCUGGUGACCCACUACCGCGUCCACACUGGGGAGCGCCCCUUCGCCUGCACCCAGUGCGGCAAGCGCUUCACCCAGAAAACCAACCUGGUGACGCACCAGAGCACGCACACGGACCUCCGCCCCUUCCCCUGCGGGCAGUGCCAGAAGUGCUUCAAGGACAAGGUCUCCCUCAAAGCCCACCAGAAGACGCAUGCCCCGCGCCAGCGGCGCUGCCCAGGCCGCAGCCCUGCCGCUGGGCUGCCCUAUGGGGCUGCACCCACCCUGCUGCAGCCCGGGGGGCCCGAGCAAGAGCCCCCCUUCAGCCCUGUGCCGCCGCUGCCCGUUCAGAAGAUCCCCGAGGGCCAGGAGCUGUACUCCUGCACGGAGAAGAGCUUCCCCCCGAAGGAGCCGCUCCUGCCACCCCAGCACGCUGCCCUGGGUGAGCAAACCUUCCCCUGUGUCCAGUGCGGGGAGGGCUUCUGCCAGAAGGUGACUCUCCUCAGGCCGCAGCACGGUCCCACCACCGAGGCUCCCGGUGCCGGCGCGGCAGCCUUCCCCCAUGGCCCACACCUCCUGGGGCCGCUGGGAGUGCAGCCGGUCCUCGGCGAGGCGACCGCCACAGCCCCCCCGGCCCCUGGGGUGGAGAAGCCCUUCAUCUGUAACCAGUGCGGCAACAGCUUCGGCCUCUGGCUGUCCCUCAUGGCCCACCAGAAGAGCCACACUGGGCAGAAGUGCUACCCGUGCCCCGAGCACGAGAAGAGCUCCGGCGACGAGCUCUCCCCCAAAGCUCUGCAGGACAAGCAGGCGGAGGGGAGGGCCUGGCUGUGCCCCGAGUGCGGCAGAAGCUUCCCCCAGUACGAGCGGUUGGUGAAGCACCGGCAGAACCACCGCGGCAGAGGGCCCUACCGCUGCGAUGUCUGCGGCAAGCGGUUCAGCCUCAAGACCAACCUGGUGACCCACCAGCGCAUCCACACGGGUGAGCGGCCCUUCACCUGCGGCGUCUGCGGCCGCCGCUUCAACCAGAAAGGCAACCUGGUGACCCACUACCGCACCCACACCGGGGAGCGCCCCUUCGCCUGCACCCAAUGUGGCAAGCGCUUCGCCCAGAAGCCCAACCUCAUCGCCCACCAGAAGACCCACACGGGCCGGCAGCCCUUCACCUGCCUCGAGUGUCCCAAGCGCUUCAAGAGCAAGCUCUCCCUGCGGGUGCACCAGCGGGUGCACGUGGCCGAGCGGCCCCAGGGCGAGCCGGGCCAGCCCCCCGCGCCGCAGAGCCACGCCGGCAGCCCCUACCCCUGCUCGCUGUGCGGGGAGAGCUUCGAGGAGCACGGGGAGCUGCAGCUGCACCGGCAGGGCCACGCCGGGGAGCGGCCCCACGCCUGCGCCGAGUGCGGGAAGCGCUUCCGCCAGAAGGUGAACUUGGCCGUUCACCAGAGGACCCACACCGGGGAGCGACCGUUCCGCUGCGCCGAGUGUGGCAAGGGCUUCAGCCAGAAGGCUCACCUGCUUCGGCACCGCAGGACACAUGCCGGUGCCAUCCCACCUUCCUGCUGCGAGGGGACCUGCUCGGCACACCAGGACGAGCCGGACGGCAGCGGCGCUCCCCUGGGAAAGGGCUCAGAGCCCCCCAGCUUGCUGCUGCCCCCCUGCUCCCGCGGAGCCGCUCAUGGAUCGCUGCCUCGGGAUGAGCUGCGGCCGGGAGCGCAGCCCCCCAACAGACCCGACAGCCCCUCGGGCGCAGCCGACAUCCUCCUGCAGCUGAUGCAGGAAGAGCAGCAGCACCUCGUGCCCGGCUCCCACCCCCCGCAGGAGGGACCCCCGGGGCCCUGUAAGUGCACCGAGAGCGGGGAGGGCUUGAGCCCGAAGCCGCCGAGCCUGCUGCCGCAGUGCUGCUGUGCCGACUGCCUCAGCCAGCGGCAGCUGCUCCUCAAGCCGCAGCCCGAGUGCCGAGCGGAGCUCUGGUGCAAGUACAGCGGCUGCGCCAGGAGCUUUGAGGAGAAACGAGUCCUGAGAGUGCCUGAGAGAGCGCACGGCGAAGAGAAGCCCUCGCCGUGCCCCAGCUGCUUGACCGUUGUGAACGGGAAGAGCUCAGGAUCUCGGAUCUGUCGGCUUAAAAACCGCCUCUGCCAGGCAGUGGCACGUCUGCCUGCUCCUGCCUCCGGCUCAGCUGGAGUGGAUGUCACUCCGCAAGGACGCAUUCGGGAUGGAGAGCUGCGACCUGCUGGCCUGGCCAGAGCGGGACUGGGACUCAGCCAGGACUUCCCGCUCAUGGGCAGCACAAUCCGGCCUGGGGCUACCCCAGGGGUGGCACGAGGAGCCAGGAAAAUGGGAAACAGCUGGGAAAAUGGCCUGGAAGCAUCUCGGCUCACCUCUGCUUCCAAAAGGGACCUGGAGAAGCUUCUCCUCCGAGCAGUUCAGUUUAUGGCUGCUGGCCGAGCUGCUUGCCAAAGCACUCUGGACUUCAGCAUCCCAAAACUGGAUCCUAACAGCGAAAAGGGCCGGGGUCGUGCCGGUCCCCCCACCGGAGGGGUGCGAUGCUGCCGGUCCUGGCUCCGCCGCCCCCCGCCCCCCCGGGCGGAGCCGCCGCAAGGCCGGGGUGACGGGCGCGGGCGGGGGCCGGUGCGUCAGCCGGGCGGGAGGGGCCGGGCGGGGCCGGCGGGACGCGGCGCGGCGGCGGCUCGGGCAGGUCAGCGCCGGGGGGGCCGCGCUGCGGGCGGGGGGCACCGGGGAGCCCAGGAGAGGGGAGGGGGGAGCGGGGCCGGGGACACCCUCUGCGCCCCGGACGGGCCCGGCUCCGCGACAGCCCCGGCCCGGCCCCCCCGGCGCAGGAACCGCCGCGGACACACGCGGGACCCGCCAGGUCAGGAUGCGCCGGGGGAGACCGAGACCGCGGCCGGGGCUGAGACCGGGACCGACCGCCGGGGCGGGCCCACCGCAGGGCGGCGGGAGCCCAUGACGGACCUGGCAUCGCCGGCGGGCGAGAAGCCCUUCGCCUUCCCGGGGGGCGAGGAGGGCCUGGGCGACGAGCAGGUGCUGGUGAUCCACAGCCAGGCGGAGGAGGAGGUGGAGAAGGAGUUCAAGUGCAUCCUCUGCGGGGAAUGCUUCGGCCAGCAGCCCAGCCUCGCCCGGCACCAGAAGCACCACGCCGGGGAGCGCGCCUUCAUCUGCGCCGAGUGCGGCAAAGCCUUCAGCCUCAAGCACAACCUCAUCAUCCACCAGCGCAUCCACACCGGGGAGCGUCCCUACCAGUGCGGCGUGUGCCAGAAGAGCUUUAGCCUCAAGCAGAACCUGCUCACCCACCAGCGCAUCCACAGCGGCGAGAAGCCCUUCUCCUGCCAGCGCUGCGGGAAGCGCUUCCGCGAGCAGCGCUUCCUCCUCAACCACCAGCGCACCCACGCCAAGGACCGGCCCGGCACCACCACCGCCGAGGUCCAGCCCGGCGGCAGCCGCUCACCACAGCUGCAUGAGGCAGCCGCCGGCGGCCCCUUCGCCUGCGCCCGCUGCGGGAAGGGCUUCAGCUGCAGGAGCAGCCUGGCCACGCACCAGCGCAGCCACGGCGGGGAGCGGCCCUUCGCCUGUCCCGACUGCGGCAAAGCCUUCAGCCAAAAGGGCUCCCUGAGGAUCCACCGGCGCACCCACGCCGCCGGGACACCCUUCACCUGCGCCCAGUGCGGCCAGAGCUUCGCCCAGGAGGCUGACCUCACCGCGCACCAGUGUGCCCACAGGGCCGAGGCCGCCCUCACGUGA